AAAUAAUAAAUAAAAUGGCUUGUCACUGGAAGAUUAUUGCUUUAUUUAUUAUACUUAGCGUUUUCAACUGCCAAGCCGAAGUGUACAAAGCAGCCACCGGUGACAUAGAUAUUACGGCAAACUCAGAAACGAACAAGAUAAUAAUGGAAAAAGGAAUGAAAAUCAUUGUUUCACUCACGGACGUGACACUUGGAUCAGGAGCUUCUCUGAAGCUAAGAGACGGCAAAUCUGGAGAAGAACGCUUAUACAAGAAGUUUGGGUGGUACAUCUACAGGCAGAACAGGAAUGGAUCGCCAACAAAAGCAAUUCUUCCUAUCGUCAUGGAAACGCAGACCAGGAAGCUGAUCAUUAUAAAGAAGGGAGCAGGAACAGUUGUUGCUCAUUACACAAGUUUUUCGGACAGCUCGCCUACGUCUUGCCACAAGGAGGAUAUUCAUAACACCUACAGCAAUGAAUUGAGAGUUGAGUGCGAUUCGGAUGAUUUAAGCCCUGUUGCUUCACAAUGUGACGUCACGCUUCAAUGCUCUGACAUCUAUCAGCAGUACAGCAAAAAUUUAACCUGUGAAAACGGUCACUGGGAGGGUAUGAUUCAAUGCCAGCCGAAGAAGAAUUUAUUAAAAAAAUGUUCCUACGAUUUUGAUGAAUACACGGAAGAUGAACGUUGCCCUUAUUCAACAGCAGAAGUUGCGCAUUAUUACAUGGAUGUAGAAGGAGUCAAUGUUUUCGAACCCGGCCUAGGUAGAGCUCCAAGCCACAAGAUAAAUUGCUACAGAACAUGCGCUCACAAUGCCAGAGGAGAGAGAAUCGUGAAUUGUGGAAACCGUAAUGAUAAGAGACAAUACAUGCUGUGUGUAAUCUGCCGCAUCAUGUACGGUUGCAGCUCAAACGUCGUCGUUUUCUGAGGUCGAUGACAACGAAUCAAAAUUGAUUGUAACAUAUUGGACCAUUUUUGUAAAUAAAUAAAAGAAGU